AUGGCUCCUCAACUAGCAUUUCUUGGCCUUGGCUCUAUUGGUAGGGCUAUGUGCAAGAACCUCGUCGAGAAAGGCCAACUGGACAAGCCUUUGAUCAUCUAUAACCGUACCGAAAAGCGUGCUUUAGAUCUGAGCAAGUCUCUAACUUCCGGAAAAUCUACUGUUGCCUCCACUGUCGAAGACGCUGUUUCAAAAGCGGACAUCAUCUUCACGUGCGUUGGAGAUGAUGCGGCAAUCAACCAUAUCAUUGAUACAGCUCUCAAAGUUAAUAGCAAAGGCAAGUUAUUCAUCGACUGCUCAACAGUUCAUCCGGAUACCGCAGAAGGGCUAGCAAAGAAGAUCACAGCCGUUGGAGCCGAGUUUGUAGCAUGUCCCGUCUUUGGAGCUCCGGCCAUGGCAGAUGUUGGUCAACUUGUCUGUGUUCUUGCUGGUCCAAAAGCGAGUGUCGAAAAGGUUAAGCCAUAUACGAAGGGCGUAGUUGCAAGAGCCAACAUCGAUUUUGGAGGUCAACCUGUGGGAAAGGCGCUUCUUCUCAAGGUCAUCGGAAAUACAUUCAUCUUCAAUUUGGUCGAGACUCUGUCAGAGGGUCAUGUCUUAGCGGAGAAAUCUGGAUUGGGCAGCGACAACCUCCAUGAGUUUAUUGAGGCGAUGUUUCCUGGUCCCUAUGCUGCCUACUCGACGAGGAUGAUUUCAGGAGACUACCACAAGCGGGAGGAGCCUCUCUUUGCGGUAGAUCUUGCAAGGAAGGACGCGAGACACGCUAUGAAAUUAGCUGAGGAUGCUGGAACGCGUUUGAAGGAUUUGGAAGUGGCCGACGCUCACUUGGAGCAAGUGAAGAAGCAUCAGGGGGAGGCUGGAGAUAUUGCUGCAAUCUAUGGGGCAGUGAGACAAGAGGCUGGGCUUAAGUUUGAAAAUUAG